AUUUAGUCCUCUCGGUUUAGCACUUUACAGUGUUCUCAUUAAAAAAAAAAAAAAAAACCAUUUCUAUAGAAUCUCAACAAAUCUCCUUCUUUAUCCCCGGAACCCACCCCAUCCCACCCCACCGCGAUUCAGGGAAUGUACAUACAGUAUAUAAAUGUAGUUCUGUACAUACAUAUACACUUGCCUUAUUGAAAGCUGCAUUUUAGAAACUGCAAAGCAAAUGCCCACCUGUUAGAGAGAGAGAGAGAGAGACCCAAUGACGUUCACAGAGAGCGGGGGAGAGAGAAUGGUGUGGAAGUAAAUUGAGCAGAGCAGCUAAGUGGUUUUGUCAAUCACAGCUGCUGAUCAAGAUUCUUUUGACCAAUUGCCAGUUUUUUUUUGCUGUUUUGAUUUUACUUGAUUUGCUAGCUUUGAAACAGUUGAAGUGAGAAGUUAUACUUGCUGCUAUUGUCUAGCUUGUGAUUAAUUGAGCAGGUGCAAGAAUUAAAGCCACAAACCCCUCUCUCUAGUUGAGUUAUACAAGUUCUUAUACUGGCCUGGAUCCAUUACUUUUAUUGCUUGUACAAAGACCGGGAUUUCGCUAGGCCAAAACCACUUGUGCUUUUGUUCGUUGCUGGAGUCAUGGCAUCUUUGCUUCACUCUGAAUCGAGGCGGUUGUAUUCUUGGUGGUGGGAUAGCCACGUCCCAAAGAACUCGAAAUGGCUUCAUGAUAACCUCACCGAUAUGGAUGCUAAAGUAAAGGCAAUGAUCAAGCUGAUUGAAGAAGAUGCGGAUUCGUUUGCACGGAGAGCUGAAAUGUAUUAUAAAAAACGACCCGAGCUGAUGAAAUUGGUUGAGGAGUUCUAUCGAGCAUACCGCGCAUUAGCUGAAAGAUACGAUCAUGUAACAGGUGAGCUCCGGCAUGCACACAAAGCGAUGUCGGAGGCUUUCCCCAACCAAAUGCCGUUUCUUCUGGCUGAAGAUUCACCUUCAAAAGCUUCAACGCUCGAGGGAGAACCACACACUCCGAUCCGUGCAAUGCCCGAAGCAGAUGACUUUCAUAAGAAUCCGUCGUCCUGGAUAAAUGCUUUUCAGAUGAUUGGUACAUAUCCUGGCGAAUCCGAUACUGGAUCCAGCGAGAGAGGUUUGAAACUGUUAAACGAGAUUAUCGGGGAAGGAGAAGAUACUUCAAAAAAUUCAAGAUUAAUGGAUGGAGGGUUAGUAAGAGGCCUCUCCGAUAUAGGAGAUAAAUUUCAUAAUGAAGUGUCGAAAAUAUCGAAUGAAAAUCUAGAUCUCAAGGCCAAGCUUCUCUCCGAGACUGAGCGUGCGGGCAAAGCAGAAACGGAAGUUCAGAGCUUGAAGGAAGCACUCGCUGAUAUGCAGGCAAAGAAGGAAUCUCUCCUCCUUCAGUAUCAGCAGUGCCUCGAAAAAUUAUCAGCUGCAGAGUCGGAGCUACUUCAGGCGCAGAAGGAUUCCAUGACGAUCAUUGAACAAGCAAGCAAUGCUGAAACUGAACUUCACGUUUUGAAGGACUCCCUUAGUAAGGUUAAGGCUGAAAGAGAUUCUGAACUGGCCAAAAGCAAGCAAUAUCUACUAAUGAUAUCUAAUCUUGAGAGUGAUAUCUCUCAAGUACAGGAGAAUAUGGAAGACCAAAAUGAACGAGCAGUUAAGGCAGAAACUGAAGCUCAACAUCUAAGAAAUGAGAUCAGCAAAUUGGAGUCUGAAAACGAAGCGUGUCUUUGCCAGUACAGACAAUGUCUGGAAAAGGUUUCCGAUCUGGAAAAGAAAAUCUUGUUGGCGGAGGAGCAUUCCAGAUUGCUUAAGGAUCGAGCUGAUGGUGCUGAAGCUGAGAUCAAGAGACUGAAAGAGGCUCUUAUGGAGCUAAACAAGGAGAAAGAACUGUCGGAUUCUCAGUGUAAAGACUGCCUAGAAAAAAUAUCCAAGCUUGAGAGCCAGCUCUACAGUGCCCAGGAGGAAGUCAAGCGCCUAAAUGGCGAGAUUCUUGUUGAAGCUGCAAGACUUAAAAACGCCGAAGAUAAGUGUCUUGUAUUGGAGAUGUCAAAUCAAUCGUUGCGUGUAGAGGCGGAAAAUUUGGCAAAGAAGAUUCUAAUGAAAGACCAGGAACUUUCUGAGAAGCUUAUGGAGCUCGAGAAACUUCAGACUGACUUACAACAUGAAUGCCUAAGUCAUGCACAAAUUGAAGCUUCUCUCCAGAUUUUGCAGAAUUUGCACUCUCAAUCUCAAGCAGAGCAGCAAGCUCUGGCAUUGGAGCUGAAAAAUGGUCUUCAAGUGCUGAAGGACUUGGAAACUUGUAAAGGUGGUUUGGAGGAUGAACUUCAGCAGGUGAAGGUUGAAAACUGCAGUUUGAAUGAACUGAAAAUGUCUUCAACUACUACGAUAAAAAAUCUGGAAAAUGAAAUCCUUAACUUGAGGAGGAUGAAAGAGAGGCUUGAAGAGGAGGUUGCACAACAAAUGGAGAAAAGUAAUUCCCUUCACCAAGAGAUUUCCUGUCUCAAGGAGGAAAUUUGUCGCCUGAGCAACAGUUACCAGACUUUAGUUGAGCAGGUGAGGUCAGUCGGUCUGGACCCAGAGUGUUUUGUUUCUUCAAUAAGGAGCUUGCAGGAAGAAAACUCGAUGCUAAGAAAAACCUAUGAGAAUGACAGUACCGAGAAAGAAGUUCUUCGCAGGAAGUUGGAGAAUAUGGAGGAAUUUUUGAGUAAGAAAGCUGGUUUGGAGAGCUCUCUUUCUGAUGUGAAUAGAGAGUUGCAGGGAUCGCAUGAGCAGGUGAAGGCAUUGCAAGAAUCUUGCCAAACUCUCCAGAUUGAAAAAUCUGCUCUUGUUGCCGAAAAAGCUUCUUUGCUGUCUCAACUGCAAAUGGUAACUGAGAACAUGCAGAAACUCCUGGAGAAAAAUGCAGUUCUUGAAAGCUCACUUUAUGGUGCAAAAGUUGAACUUGAAGGUCUCAGGGAAAAAUCAAAGGGUUUAGAGGAAAUCUGCCAAUUGUUAAAAACUGAGAAGUCCAAUCUUCUUGCUGAAAGGGACAACCUAGCUUUUGAGUUGCAAAAUGUUGAACGGCGAGUAGAAUGCCUUGAGAAAAGAUGUUCUGGGCUGGAAGAAAGACAUGCUUUGCUAGAGAGGGAAAAAGAAGCCAUGCAUUCACAGGUAGAAGAACUAAGAGUCUCAAUUCAUACUGAAAAACAUGAACGUUCAAGUCUUGCACUCAAGAGUGAGACUCGUAUGACUAGCCUGGAAAACCAUAUUCAUAUCCUACAAGAAGAAAGUAAGUGGAAAAAGAAAGAAUAUGAAGAGGAGCUUGAAAAAGUAACAAGAGCCCAUUUUGAGAUUUUUGUCCUGCAGAAAUUCAUAAAAGACAUGGAAGAGAAAAAUCACUCUCUGGUGAGUGAUUGUCAGAAACAUGUUGAGGCCUCAAAAUUGGCUGAUAAACUGAUUUCUGAGUUAGAGAACGAAAAUCUUGAGCAGCAGGUUGAAGCGGAGCUCUUAUUAGAUGAAAUUGGAAGGCUGAGAGUAGGGAUAUUUCAAGUUUUCAAGGCUCUGGAAACUAGUUCUGGAUGCAUCUCUGAAGCCAAAAUUGAAAAUGAACAAAUCUUUUUGCAUCAUAUUUUUGGCAGCAUUGAGGAUAUGAAAUGCUCCCUCACAAAGUAUGAGGAUUAUAAUCAACAGCUGUUUGUUGAAAACUCAGUUCUGCUAACUCUCCUGGCAGAACUGAAAUCAGAUGGAAUGGAAUUGGAAGUACAGAAGAGAUUUAUGGAGCAGGAGCUCAGAAUAACAGCAGAGAAGCUUGUUAUGGUGCAAAAUGACAAGUGCAAACUUCUGGAGAUGAACAGGCAAUUAGAAUCAGAACUGAUAAAGGGAAAUGAAGAAAGUGCCAUGCUUGAAGCUGAGGUGGAGAGUCUCUGUGUUAAACAUGUCGACUUGAAGAGAGAUUACCUUGAAUUAGAGGAUGAUUAUUCUCAAUUACUAGACCAGAAUGAAUCUUUGAUGGAAAAGAUCUCAGAGAUUGGCAAAGAGAAGUGGAUUGUGGAGCAGGAAAAUGAUACAAUUCUUCUAGAGACACUAGAUCUCAUUAACCUUUCCACAAUUUUCAGGAGUUUUAGUAAUGAGAAAUCUACAGAGCUGAAAUCAUCUAUUGCAGUUGCACAAAAUUUGCAGGGUGUAAUCAGUGACUUCGAAAAAGAGGUUGGAAUUUUGAGGGGGAAGCUGCAAAUGAAAGAAGCAGAAAACUUAAUCCUACAGGAAUCGAUUCAAAGGGUGGAGAUGGAGCUGCUAGAAGUUAAAAAAUACAAUGAUGGUUUGAAAAUGGAAGUUUCAAGUGAAAAAGAAAUUGUGAGGCAGAAGGAAACGGAGCUUUUGGAAGUAGAGCAGAAACUUGAGGCUGCAGAGAACUUGAACUCUGAAUUGUAUAGCAAUCUGGAAGAACUAAAAUGUCAUUCUCAACAAUCUCUAUACAUAAAGGAAAGUCUGGAGAGGCAGGUAAUUGAACUAACGGAAGAUAAUGAAAUUCAGAACAAGGAAAUCGGGUGCCUUAAAGAAGUGAACGCAAGCUUAGUGGGCAAACUGGAUAAGCUAUGUGCAGAGAUUGGGGAACAACAAGUUCGAGAAGAGAAUCUGAGUUCUGAGCUGCAAGAUAAAAACCAGGAGUUUGAACUUUGGGAAGCAGAGGCAGCAGCAUUUUACUUUGAUCUCCAGAUCUCUUCCAUCAAUGAAGUUUUUCUUGAAAAUAAGAUUCACGAGGUUUCUGAAGUAUGUGGAAGUCUAAUGGACCAAAAUGCUUCCAAAAGUUUGGAGAUUGAAGAAAUGAAAGAAAAAAUUGGUUCGAUGGAGGGUGAGAUUGGAGAAUUGAAAAUGCAAGUACAGUCAUAUUCUCCUGUAAUAGCUUCUCUCAAAGAAGACAUAGCAUCCCUUGAAAAUAGUGCUUUGCUUCAGUCAAAACUCAAUGUAUCUGAUGUUGAGGAGCCAAAGGCUAUGGAAGUUGAGGUUCAUCCGAAUGAAAAUAGCUGUGACAAACAAUUGGAAAGUAUCUCUGAGAAGCCGAUGGAUAAUCAAUCUGCCUUGAUAAAUGGGGUCCUAGAUUUGCAGCAAUUACGGACUAGGAUUAAAGCUGUUGAAAAGGUGGUGGUGGAACAGAUGAAGAAACCUGGCAUGAAGAGUAAGGCGGGACAAAAUAGUAUAAGGUGUGAAAUUGAGGCGUUAAAAUCUCAGCACAGUUUGGACCGAGAAAAAUACAAGCGUAGAGAAAGGAAGGGAAGUAAAGGAAGUAGGGAUGAGUGUAUGGAUAGCGUCAGCUCACAGAAGACGAAGCCCAAAUCUUGUGAAAUCAGGAGUGGAACAAUGAUGAAAGACAUACCACUCGAUCAUGUCUCCGAUGGCUCACCACAAAAAAAUCGCAGGAGAGGUGCUACUGGUUCAUACAGGAUCGAUGAUCAGAUGCUCGAGUUAUGGGAAACUGCAGCGGGCUGCAGUCCUAUUCAAACCGUGAGAGGGUCAAAGAAGCCACCGUUGGGAGUUGAUAAUGCAAUCUACAAUCGGCUAAGUACCGAGUGGAAGAACAAACAUCCACCCACCGACUUAGAAGUGGAGAAGGAGCUGGGAGUUGAUAAAUUAGAGCUACCAAUGACUGUUUCCGAGCCAAAUCAAGGAAUAAACAACAGAAGGAUUCUGGAGCGACUCACGUCUGACGCUGAGAAAUUGAUGAGUAUUCAGGUGACAGUAGAUAACCUGAGAAGGAGAUUGGAGACGAAUCGGAAGGGGAGAAAAUCCAAGAGUGUUGAUUUUGAUACGGUGAAGGAGCAGUUACAGGAGGUCGAGGAAACCGUUGUCCAGUUAGUGAAUCUGAAUAGUCAGUUGAUGAAAAAUACCGAAGAGGAGGGUUCCUUCUCCAGUGCAAAUGCUUCAGCUGAGAUGAAGGAGGUCUCGAAUGUGUGGCAUAGGAGAGUUGCCGAGCAGGCAAGAAAAGGGUCCGAGAAGAUUGGACGAUUACAAACCGAGGUUCAGAAGAUCCAAUAUGUAUUGCUGAAACUGGAGGACGAAAAGAAGAACAAAGCCAGAAGCCGAUUUUCCAAGACCAAAACGGGUAUCGUUCUCAAGGACUUCAUAUACAUUGGCAGAAGAGACAGCGAAAAGCGGAAGAAGAAGGCUCAUCUCUGUGGAUGUUUUAGACCCUCAAGCAGUGGCAGUGGGAGUGGCCGAGGCAGCGUAAGCCACAUGUAACUGUGUUUAGCGUUUUGAACGACAAUGGUCCUUAUAUUUGCUUUGGCAGGAUCAGAUCAUUUCUUUUAAUUUGUUAGUCUAGAGUAACUCUAAGAACUAGAUGUUAUCUAAUUCAAAUAAACUCCACCUAUGAAAGUCUUUUCCUUAAAAUUGCUUUUUUAGGAGACUAUUACAUUACUUCUAUUGGGGAAAUUAAUUUGCAGGUCCCAUGUUUGAACU